UAUUUUUUAAUAGAACGUAUGUACCAUACGCAUUGUUCAUUCUUAUUUUUAUUUUUAAUUACAAAAACACACAUAAAAACCACCUGAAAAAACAAAACUCCUUUCUUCCUCCCUCGAAAAAAAUAUCUUAUUUUUAUUCAAUAUAAUGCUUGUUCUUCAAAGAACAAACUCACCCGCCAUAUUAACGUGGUCAGUUUCCACCCUCACAUUCAUUCUUCCUCCUUUCUCUCUCUCUUAAAUUUCCUUCUCCUUUCUUCUCUGACACGUCAAUCUUCUCUCUCUCUUCUCUGAAACUUCCCUCCUUUCUCUCUCCUCUCGGAACCCUCGAAGAAAUCGGAAAAUCUUCAACAAUGGCGGAAACCUCCAUUGGAGAAGGAGCUUUAGUUCCUUAUGUGAAAUCCGAUUCUCCACCGCAUGAAACCGCCGUUGAAGGCGGAGAUUCCAUCGCCGGCGACAAGGAUUUUCUCUGCCCAAUUUGCAUGCAGAUUAUCAAAGACGCUUUUCUCACUGCUUGCGGUCAUAGUUACUGUUAUAUGUGUAUCUUCACUCAUCUUCUUAACAAGUCUGAUUGCCCUUGUUGUGGUCGUUUUCUCACUCCUAAGCUUAUUUUCCCUAAUUUUGCCCUUGAUAAGAUAUCAAAGAGGAUGUGUGAUUAUCAAUUUGCAAAAAAUGCCUCUUUGAGUGAACAACUUCGCCGAGCACUGCAGCAGGAUUGUGAUGUGUCUGUGAAGGAUCUUGACUGCCUUUUGUCUCUACUUGCGAAAAAGAAGAGAAAAAUGGAGCAAGAGGAGGCUGAGACAAACUUGCAAGUUCUCCUUGAGUUUUUGGUCUGCUUAAGAAAAAGAAAAUUGGAAGAGCUUAGUCAGAUACAAAAUGAUCUCCAGUACAUCAAAGAGGACAUAGAUGCUGUUCAAAAGCACAAAACAGAAUUGUGGAAUGUAAACAAGAGUCAUACAGCUAGAUUGAGACUGAGAGGAGAUGACUUUGAUACAAAAGGUUUUUGUGAUAAAGUACGGAGGCCUUUGGCUGGUGGUUCUGGUACACAAGAGACAUUUCCAGGAAGUCUUCAAUGUAAAGGAGGCAAUUUAGGUGCUCCAUGCUCUCAAGAACAUUUAGAAAACGAUGUUCGUGCAGGCUCAGAAUUGCAACAGCAGGCUCCAACUGAAAAAUUUAAAGCAAGAAAAAGGCAGGUUGAGACACAGUUCACUGAACUGCAAGAGUGUUACCUGCAAAAAAGGAGAAACUGGGCCAAACAAAAGCAACCAGCAGAAGGAAGCCAUAUGAAUCAUACAAAUAGCUUAGGCUAUCAUGCAGGACUUCAGGAUUUUCAGUCUGUGCUUACUUCCUGUACUCGAUACAGCCAGUUGAGGCCUAUUUCAGAGUUGAGGCUUGGUAACGUUUUUCACUAUGCCAAUAUCAUUUCCAGCAUAGAAUUUGACAGAGAUCAUGAAUUGUUUGCUACUGCUGGUGUCUCCAAGCGGAUUAAAGUUUUUGAAUUUUCCACUGUGAUUGAUGAACCAGCAGAAGUGCACUGUGCUGUUGUUGACAUUGCUACACGAUCUAAACUAAGCUGUUUGAGUUGGAAUAAGUAUACCAAACACUGUAUUGCCAGCAGUGAUUAUGAGGGGAUUGUAAAUGUUUGGGACAUUGCUACUAAUCAGAGUGUUGGAGAAUACGAGGAGCAUGAAAAACGGGCUUGGAGUGUGGAUUUUUCGCGUACUGAACCUUCGCUGUUGGUAUCUGGUGGGGAUGACUGCAAGGUUAAAGUUUGGUGCACCAAACAGGAAAAGAGUGCUCUUAAUAUUGACUUGAAUGCAAAUAUAUGCUCUGUGAAGUGUAAUCCUGGAUCUAGCAUGCAUGUGGCUGUGGGCUCUGCAGAUCAUAAUGUUCACUAUUAUGACUUAAGAAAUAUAAGCCAGCCUGUUCAUGUCUUUUCUGGUCAUAGAAAAGCUGUUUCAUAUGUUCAUUUCUUAUCUGCCAACGAACUUGCUUCUGCAUCAACUGAUAACACUUUGCGCUUGUGGGAUGUCAAGGAAAAUAAGUUGCUUCAGGUGUAUAGAGGUCAUACGAAUGAAAAGAAUUUUGUAGGCCUCACUGCAAAUAGCGAAUACCUUGCUUGUGGCAGUGAAUCAAACGAAGUCUUUGUUUAUCAUAAGGCUAUUUCUAAGCCUGUUGCUCGAUACAAGUUCAAUUCAUCAGAAUUGUAUGAUGCUGAUGAGGAUCGAGGAGCACACUUUAUCAGUGCAGUUUGCUGGAAGAGUGACAGCCCCAUGAUUAUGGCUGCUAACAGUCAAGGAAAUGUCAAACUACUUGCACUUGCUACCUGAAAUAAGUCACAGAGGUAGAUAUGACAUGGAAAGUUCUUGUAGCUUCCUUCUAGCUGAUUCCUUUUGUGUAUAUAGUCAGUUUUAGGAGUUCAUUAUCGAAAGGAACCAUGUAACUAUUUGAUUUGUUCCUUCCUUGUGGAAGAGAGCGGAUAUGAUCAUAGAAAAAGCUUGAAUCGAUCUAUAUGGCUAUCUAGAGUUCUAGCCUGAAGGUUGUUGGCCGGUAAUGAUGAGAUUAUUCUUGAAGCUAUAUCCCAUACAACUUACAUUGUUGGCUGUCUGCACUCUGCAGUGAUGUAGUACUCAACACCCUGCACUUUUGACAGUCGUUUCCAUGACGCUUAGGUAACUUUUCCUAUUGCUGCCACUACUUGCUCAUAAUCAAUGAAGUAGCCGCUUCUUAUAUACUUCGUAUUAAGGAUUGAUCUUUUGAAGUGUUUGAAAUUUUGUGUGCUACCUACCAAUUGGCUGUAUUUGGGUUAAUGUCAGCAAAUAAUAUAUGCGCUGCUACUGCGCUC